CACACAUCAUGGGCAACUGCAUCCCGGUGAGUGCCAGCAUCGUGGAGAACCAAACCUCCCUGGACCUGUCAGAGCUCCUGGGCUUGGACACCGACAUGGCCAUGGCCAUGAACAACUUCUCCUACGAGGACGUCUAUGAGUCCUUCUCAGACUAUGAUGCUGUGCCCUGCCACAACCACUACUGUGCCUACUUCCAGCGCCUGGCCCCUACCUUCCUGGCCAUCACCUGUGCCGCAGCUGCCCUGGGCACUGGGGCACUGCUCCUUGCGCUGGCCAAGCGGCCCCACGCCUGGGGCUGGCCCCAGAGCCGAGGGCUGGUGGCCCAGCUGGCAGUAGGCACAGGACUCUUCGCCACCCUGCUGCCACUGUUGGCGGUGAGCAUUGGGCAGGGCUGGCGGCUGGGCACCGUGCCCUGCAAGCUCACCCACCUGCUCUGGCACUGGAGCCUCUUCGCGCAGGGGCUGCUGGUGGGCACCAGCUCCUUCUGCACCGCUUGGGCUCGCUGGGACUCCCAGAGCCAGCGGCUGGCUGCGGCUGUGUGGGGCUGGGCACUGCUGCUGGCAGUGCCAGCGGCGCUCAGCAGCGGCACGGUGGCAGCCUCGGGGGUGAGCUGCAUCCAGCGGAGCGUGGACGUCCUGUCCCCAGCCUACCUGCUGCACCUCGCCCUCUGCCUCUGCCUCUUCCUGCUGCUGCCAGCAGCGCUGGUGGUGGCCACGGUGGCCGUGCCACAGCUGCGGGCAGGCUGGGAGCCUGGCAUCGUCGUCAGCUGGCUCUUCCUUCUGCUCUGGGCGCCCUAUGGCAUGGGGCUGGCCGUGGAUUUCCUGCUGCAGGCUCGGCUGCUGCAGCCCUCCUGCGGCACCUUCCAGCACUUCGACUUCGUGCUGGGGCUGAGCCAGGGGCUGGGGGUCCUGCACUGCUGCCUGGUGCCCGCCGCGCUGCUGGCCCUGCGGCUCUGCCAGCCACGGGCAGCUGCCGGCGGCAGCGGCUGA